UUUAAAUCGGACGGUGGAGCUUUAAAAGUUUUAACCUACACACUGCCCGCGUUCUACGUCCCUAUAAAUAUGUUCACUACUCCUCACUGAGCCCAUAGUUUUCAUUCCCAACCAACAAAGCUCCGAGGACGACACCAUGGUUUUCUUUUGCUUUAUGGUGGAUCAGAAGCGGAAGGUGCGGCGGAGUAGGCCGGCGCCUGGAAUUUGCUCCAGAUGCGGCGGAGGAGCCAGCGUUGCCGAUAUGAAAACCGCUACGAGAUUCUGUCAUGUUCCCUUUUAUUGUAAAUCUUGGAGAGCCCUCAUCUGUACCUUUUGUGGAUCUGUUCUUCGAUCUUAUCGCUAAUUUAUUUAUUUCCUUCUAAUUUUUCAAUGUUUUAUUAUUAUUAUUAUUAUUAUUAUUAUUAUUAUUAUUAUUAUUAUUAUUAUUAUUAUUUUCAUCUUAGACACUAAUUUUAAUUUAACAUGCCUUAUUGCAUGUAGUCGGAAUUUGUUCAUUUUAUAGCUCAA